AUGAGUACCGAGUUAUCAGCACGAGACAAAAUGGUGACCCAGUGGUUUUUUCGUGAUCAGGUUUGUCACGAUGGACAAAUUGCUACACCUGAAGCUGUUCUUGUUUACAUGAGAACUCUAAUGGAUGUAGCCUCGGCCGAUGGAAUACUGACUCAGAAAGAACGUGAAUGGAUUAUGGGUUUUGCUAUUCAAUGUGGAGCUUCAGAAAACACACUUGAUCAAUUGCGAGCAUAUCAACCAGGCGUCAGCAAAGAUGUCAAAACACUUUUCCAAGAUUUGAAUCUGCCUCAUGGAGAAAUGAGUCGAUUCGGUCUUAUCUAUUUUGGUUUACAGGCUGCAAGUGCCGAUGGUGAAUUACAUUCUAAAGAACUUGAAGGAAUUCAUGCUCUAGAGAAAAAAAUGGUACUCGAUUGUCCAUCGUUGGCUUAUCUUGAUUCUAUUAAUAAAAGUGAAUUAAAUUCUCAUUCAUAUCAUGUAAUUGUUCAUCUUGCACCAAAUACAAUCUUAAAUAACGAAAUAUAUCGUACAUGGAUGAAAAGUAUGAAUACAACACAUCAUUUAUUACUUGAUGAAACACAAAAAAAUAUUCAUAUGGAAGCUAUUUAUCGUUAUCAAACACAAUUAAAUUAUAUUGAUGAUGGAAUAUUUCCAUUACUUAGUUAUCAUAAUAUAUUAAAAGAAGAGUUCAAAAUUCCUGAACCUGUAGAUAAUAUUAGUUAUGGUUUCACAAGUACUCGUAUACCUAUACGUCCAACUCUUGGACCAGAUAAUUCAAAAUUAGUUACUCUUCAACCACAGAAUUAUAUCGAUAUAUUACUUGCAAAUGAAGAAUUUAAACAAACAUUUACAGCUGCUAAACAACAAUUACAAGCUAUGCAUGAAAUUGCUAAAACAGGACAUUCAUAUCCCGAAAUUAUUUUUCUUGGCACUGGUUCAGCUUGUCCCAGUAAACCACGAAAUACUAGUGGUAUACUAAUUCAUAUAAAUGAUGCAAAUAUAUUUCUUCUCGAAUGUGCAGAAGGUACAACCGGUCAAAUUCGUCAUUUUUAUGGUGAUCAAUCGGAUGAAAUUCUUUCACAUAUUCGUUUUGCAUAUAUAUCUCAUAUGCAUGCAGAUCAUCUCGGUGGUUUGUAUGGUUUGAUUCGACAACGUCGACGUGCAUUUGAAAAUCUUGGACAUAAAUACGAAAAAUUAAUAUUACUUUGUCCAAAUAAAUAUGUUGAUGUUGGUCGAAAACAAUGGAAUUAUUUUUCAGAUAAACAUUUAUUUGAUGAUGAUGUUCAUAUUGUUUUUAAUCGUAUGUUAACAAAUGGUUUACCAACAUUAACACAUAUUGGAGGUGAAAAUACGGAAGAAGAAAUAUUUCUUUUUGAUAAAUUUAAAUCUAUUGGAUUACAUGGUCUACAAACAGUACUUGUUGAACAUAUUUAUGAUGCACAUGCAUUAGUUCUUAGACAUAUUGAUGGAUGGUCAUUAGCAUUUAGUGGUGAUUGUAAACAAUCAAGUGAUUUUAUUCAAGCAGGUCAAAAUGUUGAUGUUCUUAUCCAUGAAUCAACAUUUGAAACAGGUUUAGAAGUUUAUGCUUCACAAAUGCGUCAUUGUACAAUGGCUCAAGCUAUUGAUGUUGGCCGUCGAAUGAAUGCUAAAUAUACAAUUUUAUGGCAUUUUUCACAACGUUAUGCAAAAAUUCCAUUUCUAUCUGAAACAAGAACCGAGGAUGAAAGUCAAAAAAAUGAAAAACAAGAACAAAAAUUUGAUAAUGUUUGUAUUUCAUUUGAUUUUAUGCGUAUUCAUCUAUCAGAUUUACCGCGAGCAUGUGAACUUGUUCCUAUUUUUGAAAGUAUGUUCUAUGAUGAAUGGUUAAGUAUGAAAAGAAAACAAACAAGACGUGAACAAGAACCAGAUUAUUUUUCCAAGAAUACAAGAAUGAUAGAAUCUAAACGAAAAUUUAUGAGUGGUAGAGCAUCGCCAUCUAAUAAAAAUGCAACACAAUUGGAAACAAAUACUAGUCGUAAUAUUGCUUCCUCUCAGCAAUAA